GACGUUCUUACUUACCACAAAGGUCUCCGGCUAGAAGGACCGGAAGUGCACCAGAGCUCGAGCUUGGCCGCCGCACUACCCCUCUUUUGGGUCGGUUCCUGGGUACUGGCUCAGCUGACUGCCGGAUCUUAUGUAUCUGGCUAACUGGAGCGGCGGUAAGCCACUCAAUGGCUUAAAUUGAUUCUCUUUCCACCUCUACCUAUUCUUAGUCUUUUCUUCGGGCUGGCUGCAUGGCCGGCCGGGCUCCCAGCUGUGGCGUCCCCUGGGGCAUCAUAGAGAAUGUGGUCGUCCGUCGGCUCAGUCUACCCCUUCCCGAGUGUGGGUUAGAGCGCCUACGUCAUUUUCUGUCGCCUCGGGCUGGGUGAGUAGUGUCGACACCUGAGGACACCUGGGUCGGGCAAACCCGGAGGGAAGCAAGAAACGUCAGGAUCUGGGUUUGCAAGCUGAGCCUCAAAGGAAAGUGGAGGCUGCAGCCUGGUUCAGCCCCCGCUGCCCUUAGAGGACGACUGAGUCUGGACCGAGGGCUUUCGCGCCUUUGAGCUGGAAAAAGCCUGAGGGAAGGAAGCAAGGCAUCUCUGCGGGCCUGAGGAGGAAGAGCAGGGUUGAAAAUAGCCUUGGGUCACAAGCGUAGGUUGGAGGGAGGCCCCCACAGGCUGCGCAUUAAAAUGGCUGGCUAUGCCACUACUCCUAACCCCAUGCAGACCCUUCAGGAGGAAGCUGUUUGUGCCAUCUGCCUGGAUUACUUCAAGGAUCCUGUGUCCAUAGGCUGCGGGCACUUCUGCCGAGGGUGUGUGACCCAGCUGUGGGGCAAAGAUGAGGAAGACAGGGAAGAGGAGGAAGAUGAAUGGGAGGAGGACGAGAACGACGAUGUGGAGGGGACCAUCGGUGGAUGGAACAACUCUAUUCGAGAGGUUUUGUACCCGGGCAAUGCUGAUGAGGUGUUCCAGGACCAAGAAGAUGAUGAACUCUGGGUUGGUGAUGGUGGCGUCAGGAAUUGGGACAACAUGGACUAUGUGUGGGACCAGGAGGAAGAGGAGGAGGAAGACCAGGACUAUUACCUGGGAGACUUGAGACAUGACCUGAGAAUUGACGUCUACCAGGAGAUACUGGAAGAAUACGAUGAGAACGACCAAGAGCUGUAUCCUGACACCCACCUGCCUCCUCCAGCCCCUCCACCUCAGUUCACCUGUCCCCAGUGCUGAAAAAGCUUUACACGUCGCAGCUUUCGUCCCAUCUUGCAGCUGGCCAACAUGGUCCAGAUAAUUCGCCAAAUGUGCCCCACUCCUUAUCAAGGAAGCUGGGGGAAUGACCAGGGCAUCUGCUCGAAACACCAGGAAGCCCUGAAGCUCUUCUGUGAGGUGGACAAAGACGCCAUCUGUGUGGUAUGCCGAGAAUCCAGGAGCCACAAACAGCACAGCGUAGUGCCAUUGGAGGAAGUGGUGCAGGAGUACAAGGUAGCUAAAGAUGGCAGCCGAAAAAUUUUUUGAGGCUUUUAUCAAGUAUAUAUUCACGUUAUGACGCAGAAGAUAGGGUGAACUUCUUCAGUUGAGUUACCUGAAAAUGUUGGGCAGUGACACCAUGCCAAACACUGUUAAAUUUAUGCUAUAAAAACAGUGGAGUAUUCUGCAAAGCACAAUUCUAUGCAGCUUUAAGAUUGGACAGUAUUGGAAUAUUAACAGCAAUCUUCAAAGGCUGUGAAAGCAUAAUAUUAAAUAGCCCUUUUAAUUGCAAAGGAGAAAAAAACGGACAAACUUGUGAAGCCUUGCAUUCCAAGUGCCGCCACAACUUUGAGAGGAAAUUGAGGAAUUCCAGACUUUCUUCAUCUACUUCUGCAGUCUUAACUCUGGAUUGAUGACUGAGUAUAUCAAACUUCAGGUUUUAAAAAAUAUCAGCUCAUCCUUCUUUGCUUAGUUGAGAAGAAUCUACUGAUAAAAAUGUGCUUUGCUUAUGUUUAAAAGAGGCUUUAAAAACUGUGAGUGUACUGGUUUCAUAAGCCUAAUACUUGACCACUAAAGACAAUAUUUUUGAAGCUGUAGCAAAUGAACUGAGUUGGAGGAAAAUUAUAAUAUUAUAAGGGUAUCCAUUACAGUAGUGUUUUAGAUCUGGGUUUUUGGCAAAAACUGAAGAAAACUGUGUUUAAGAUGUACUGUAGCAAUCACCACCAGGCAUCAGCUUCCAUCAUCUGGCCCAUAAUCUACUGGAAAUCUUCACCUGUCAGUUAACCUUUGUGAAAAACGGUAGAUUCGAUCCCAGUUUGCCUUGAUUUUUGAAGAUCUGUUCAGAAUGCUGUUGGAGAGUAUUUUCUGUUACAUACUGAGGUUCCUUGGUUGUCAACUGUAUUCAGCUGAAUUUAUGGACAGAACUGAUUUUGGAACACCAAUGACAAAACAACCCUCUGAUUUUGGAAACCACCUAAAGAGAAUCUGUACUUUAAAAUUUCAUAAAUUAAAACUUUCAGCAGAAUUUAAUGCAUUGAAGCUUAAAACACAUAGACCGUGAAAUGUCAGAAGGCAAGCACCAACAUCCCUGCUUGUUUUGAAAUACUUUAAGCAAAAAAAAAAAAAAGCAAAACUUAC